AUGGGUACAAGCCAGCCAGCUGAGGUAGAGAGCAGUCCCCUGCUCUCCCCAGGGGGGCAACCUCACGGCCUGGGGCUGAACCGUGCCGUCUACACCAGUGCUGGUUACUGCACAUCUAGUACAGCGCUCAUCCUGCUAAACAAGGUGGCGCUGUCGUCCUUCCAAUUCAAGUCGGCCAACGCGCUGCUCUUCUCCCAGUGUCUGCUGAGCGUGAUGGCGGUGCGGAUCUGUUCCAUGGCGGGAAUUGUCAAAUUGGAACCCUUAAACAGCCACAUCAUCAAGAUUUGGCUGCCCGUCAACCUGGUGUUUUUGGGCAUGAUUGGAACCAGCUUCUGGGCGCUGCGCAGCCUGAAUGUGGGCAUGGUCACAGUGCUGAAGCAGCUGACAAACCUGUUUGUGCUCGGCGGCGACUAUCUGCUGUACAACCGCACAUACAAACUGAAUGUGUGGGGCUGCGUGGCGCUGAUGCUGCUGGCCGCCAUCUGCGGCGCCGCCACUGAUCUGGUCUUCGACGCCCUGGGCUACCUCUGGCAGAUCAUAAACUGCAUGUUCACGGCUGGCUAUGCGUUGUACAUGCGCGGUGCAAUGGACCGCGUGGCCAAGCACACCAGCGAUGGCAAGAAGCUGGGCGAGUUCUCCAUGGUGUUCUACAACAACCUCCUCAGCCUCCCAUUCCUACUCCUGAUCAUGGCAGCAACGGGCGAGGCGCAGACGGUGUGGCAAGAGCCCGAUCUGCACAACACCACCUUUUUGCUGGUGGCGGGCUUCAGCGGGUUGAUAGGCUUUGCAGUCAGCUUUGCCUCCCUCUCCUUCCUGAGCAGCACGACGCCCAGCAUCUUUUCGCUGGUUGGCAGCUUGAACAAGGUGCCGCUGGCCAUCAUUGGCCUGCUGGCCUUCAACGUGCCCUGGACGCUGCCAAACAUGGCGUCCAUACUGGUCGGAACGUUGGCGGGGGUAGUGUUUGCAGUGGUCAAGAGCAGGAGCUAG